UCCAUAUACUAGCAUUAGGGUUUCAGUAAAUUUUAAUUAUAUUAAUCAAAUAUAGAGGUGUAAAAUAAUCCCACCUUUAAAGUGGUUGAAAAUCAUGUACUGUUCAUAUGAGAUGAUAACUAACUAAAAUAUUAUACAAUACAGACCUAUGUGUAUAUUUAAAACCACACAAGAAUCGUUCAGAUUGCAAGAAUUGGAAACCUGUCACAAAAUGAUUCACACGUCUGACUGAACAAUUUGUCCACUGAGUCGGUUUAACCGGUUCUUGUGUGAACAACUGACUCGCUGAAUUCAGAACUGCGGCAUCUGCCUUUGAACAGGUGCUUUCAAACGACCCGUUCGAAGGAACCGAUUCUCCCGAAUGAGUCGGACUUCCUAUCAUGAUUGCUUCAGCUUGGGAUAACAGUAGCCUACAAAUGGGGACGUUGCAUAUUUGCAUACAGAUAAAGAACGGACCAAUGGCGUUAAACUUGUCUACCUGAGCAAAUCUUAGACAACUUGUAGCUCCAGACGACUUGCCUCAGAGCAGAAAGUCUUACAUAGAGGAUAUUUGCGGACUAUGGUUUAAGUGUACACUAGAUAUUUCAUCAUGGCUUGUGGAGGGUUUGUUUGUUCCAAAACUUCUCUUUGUAUCUUGAACCUUAUUUAUGUGAUGGUCAGUCUUCUCAUGAUUGGUGUUGCAGCAUGGGGCAAAUGGUUCGGACUGGUCUCUAGUUUCAGGGUGAUGGCUGCUGUUAUCGCUGUUGGAUUGUUUCUCUUCGUCGUGGCCAUUAUGGGAUUGUAUGGAGCUGUGAAGCAUCAUCAAGUCCUCUUGUUCUUUUACAUGCUCAUUCUCUUCGUGGUAUUCAUUGUCCAGUUUUCAGUAUCAUGUGCCUGCUUGGCGAUUAAUAAAGAACAGCAGAACCUGCUUCUGGAGAUAGGAUGGAAUAAGUCUGAAUCAAUGCAGGAGGAUUUGGAAAGAUCACUGGAUUGCUGUGACUUCCUUGAAGUUAACUACAAUGAGAGCUGUGUCGCUAACUGUUUCAAGGAUCAAACAUGUAGACCAUGUUCGGUUAUAAUCCAGGCUUAUGCUGACGACGCUUUACAGUUUGUCGGAGGAGUCAGUUUGUUUUUCAGUUUUACAGAGAUUCUGGGCGUCUGGUUAGCACAUAGAUACAGGAAUCAGAAGGAUCACCGGCAAAAUCCUGGAGCUUUCAUUUAAAGCACACACAUUAGAAGACUUUCAGCUAUACUGAAUUUUUGUUCUUGAAUGGACUUGUUUUAUUUAUGAUCUGUGGUUCCUUUUUGAUAACACUCCAAUUUCUUGAUUUUUUGGGAUAAAAUAAACAUUCUAAAAUAUUUAUUUGUGGAACAGCCAUCAUGAGUUGCAUCUUGAAGUUCACAAAUAUUUAUUUGUCACCGAUUAUGCAAGUAGGUUAACUGGACUUGAACUUUGAUCCCAAUUGAACAACUCUUACAAUGAUAAAGAGUUGCUAAAUAAACUUGCAAUAAAAUUUAAAUUAAAUAAAUAAAUUCAUCUUUCAUUUUUGAUUAUAAAACAACCUAGAAAACAUUUAUAAGGAACCAAAAGACAUUUACUGCUUCUAAAAUCAAACAAUAAGCCUACAGUCAUUGCAUUGAGCUCAUUUGCUCAGUAAAGAGCUUGCACCUGAAACUAAAACUUAAACUACACCCAACCCACUUCCACAUCAUUCUGAUCAGGAUGUGACCAGGAACGUUGACAUCAUCUGUUUGCAUUCCACAUAUUAGCCAAUGGUGCGGCUCAGCUGGAGGUCUUCCAGCUGGUUUACCACAGAUGCAUUCAUUGAGAUGAUCUUGUUUUGCCCUCUGCUGGUUGCAGUGAAAACAUACCAAACAUACCCACCUGCAUUUUUACAUGGAUAUGGAUCACAAUAAACCACCUCCCUGAGGUUUGACAUGGGAUUAAAUCUUUGCGUUUUAUUUCAGUGGCAGAUUAUGGUCUUUGCAUUUUCAUCUGCAUAUAGAGAUUUAUGUAUAUGAUACUAUACUGGUGCAACAUAAGUGAUUGUUUUAGUUUUAGAAUGGCUUUUAGGUCAUUUUUAAGCAUGUAAAAAUACAAAGAAUUUAUUAAAUGUAAAACAAACAAGCAACAU